AUGAAAAGGGAAGUGGUCAAUGCUCCAGCUCAGCCAACCCAAAAACCUUCCAUUUCUGCGGAGUGGAAAAGGGGCAACAGACGGACACGCGACGAGUUGUUUUGCGAAUUGCGCGAGGGCAGUGCCGAAUCACAUCACUCAGCUGAGAAAAUCACAAUCACAAAGCGCGACAAAAUUCCCCUUUACCCGAAUCCUACCCAGUGAGAAAGAACGAUGCUUGAUUGAAAUCCUGCUUUCUCUUCCUUUCUGAUAAUUUUGGUGGAAUACUACUUGUUAGUUUUAGGCCUACUCUGUUUCGUUGUUCUUCUUCCUUCUCCGACGCGCCGUUCGGCAUCUCUGUACAACUUCCCCGCUUCUGGUAAUUCCAAGGGAUUCUUCAAUUGGGUUCCUAGCAAAUUUGCGCGUAAUGGGUCGUCUCCCUUCGUUGUCAGCUCAGAAUGCAACGCCGCCGGCCGGUCAGAUAGGCCACCCAGCCCAGUUUGAGUGAGGGAGAGAACUGGCUUUCGUUUUGUAAUGGAGGAAAAACAAAGUGAGAUUACUGAGGCAGAGAAGGUAGCAGAUUUGCCUUCUCUUCCACCGCCUUUGACCGUGGGUAUCGCCGUCGACGGUAAGAAGAAGAGCAAGUAUGUCGUGAAAUGGGCGCUCGAGAAGUUUGGUCAUGAGGAGAAAGUUGUGUUCAAGAUCCUACAUGUCCGCCCUAAGGUCACUCUAGUCCCUACUCCCAUGGGGAAUUCGAUUCCUAUAUCGCAAGUACGAGAUAGCGUAGCAAAGGCGUAUAGGAAGGAAAUGGAAUGGAAGGCCAGCCAAUUGAUAGUUCCUUACAAAGACUUGUGUACUCAGAGAAAGGUACAAGUGGAUGUGUGUAUGACUGAAGCAGACAAUGUGGCAAAUGCAAUAGCAGAGGAAGUUUCCAAGAGUAUGAUUAGUAAGCUAGUCAUUGGAGCUUCUUCUCGUGGAAUGUUCUCAAGGAAACUCAAGGCACAUCAUCUCUCCUCCAGAAUAUCAGCUUGUGCUCCGCGUUCUUGCACUGUGUAUGUGGUUUCCAAGGGGAAAUUGGCAUCGCUUCGCCCGUCUGAUUUGGACUCGAAUCCAAGCAUAGCGGAUGAUAGUAGUGUCACGAGUGGUCCUACUACCAGUGACUCGAGUAACAGUCUCAGCUCGCAUACAGAUGGAAGUUCAGGAUCUUCGUAUUUCAAUUUUCAUUCUUCUUCCCUCCCAAUGCAGCGAGUCCAAGCACUUGCUACCAUAAACCAGGGCUGCCUUCACUCCAGAACAACCUCACCUGAGGCCAUAAUCCAUUCUAGAUCCCUGUCCUUGGAACUUGAUGAAGUCAAUGCUGGUGGUGGUGGUGGUGCUGUUGGUUGUACUCCUAGCUCCCCAGAAUCUGCACAUCUCAUCACUCGUAGCUCUAGUUUCUCAGCUGAUUUCCAAUCACCACUCUUCUCCGAUGAAGCUUCCGCGUCAGAUGGGCUCACAGAUAAUUCAUCAUCUGACAGUCAGGUAGCCUUCUACUUCUUCCCCUUUUCUCUGGCAAACUUCAACUUUGAGCUAGAAAAGUUAAGGCUUGAACUCAGGCAUGCUCGUGGUGUCUAUGCAAUGGCCCAAACUGAAGCAAUGGAUGCCUCUAGAAAGCUGAGCUCUCUUAAUCAGUGUCGGAUGGAGGGUGCAGCGAAACUGAAGGAGAUAAGCUCCAGGGAGGAGAAAGCCAAGGAACUAGCACAAGAAGAGAGGGGGAAAUGCGAAGCUGCACUCAAAGAAGCAGAACACAUGAGGAAAUGUGCCGAGAAAGAAUCUAUGCAGAGACGAGAAGCAGAGGCUAAAGCGAAGCACGAUGCUAAAGAGAAAGAGAGGCUGCAGAAUGCUCUUGUGGCUCCUCUGCAGCAGUAUCGGAAAUUCACUUGGGAGGAGAUCGAAUCUGCAACCUCAUCGUUCUCGGAAGCGCUCAAGAUUGGAAUGGGAGCCUAUGGAAAGGUGUACAAGUGCAGCUUUCAUCAUACAGUUGCAGCUGUGAAAGUUCUUCACUCGAAAGAGCCUCGCGAUAUAAAACAAUUCAAGCAGGAGCUAGAUAUCUUGAGCAAAAUUUGCCAUCCACACUUGUUGAUCCUUCUCGGAGCAUGUCCUGAUCACGGCUGCUUGGUCUACGAGUACAUGGAGAACGGUAGCUUGGAAGACAGGUUACUAAGGCUACACAACACUCAACCCAUUCCAUGGUUCGAGAGGUUCCGAAUCGCGUGGGAAGUAGCUUCAGCACUCGCGUUUCUCCACAACUCCAAGCCCGAACCAAUCAUCCACCGUGAUCUGAAGCCAGCAAACAUCUUGCUGGACCACAACUACGUCAGCAAGAUCGGUGACGUCGGUCUCUCCACCAUGCUUCAUUCGGACAUAACCAUGUACAAAGACACCGCCCCGGUUGGAACCCUCUGUUACAUCGACCCAGAAUACCAGCGAACCGGUCUGAUCUCCCCCAAAUCAGAUGUCUACGCCCUCGGGAUGGUGAUUCUGCAGCUGCUCACUGGGAAGCCAGCCAUGGCGUUAGCACACCUGGUGGAAAGAGCCAUGGAAGAAGGCCAGCUGGCUCGUCUUCUGGACUCGGGAGCUGGGAACUGGCCAGUGGAUGAGACCGAGGAGAUCGCGAAGCUGGGACUUAGUUGUGCUGAACUUCGACGGAAGGACAGGCCAUGUUUGAAAGAUGGCGUGCUUCCUGCGUUGGAGAGAUUGAAAGAAGUUGGCGAGAGAGCUCGAGAGCGAGCUCUGUCGAAUCCAGCUGGCUCGAGCUCGCAUUCGCUGCCUCCGAACCACUUUGUGUGUCCAAUACUUAAGGAAGUGAUGAAGGAGCCUUGUGUUGCUGCAGAUGGGUACACUUAUGAACGCGAAGCCAUUGAGAGAUGGCUGCAGGAGAAUGAGAAAUCUCCAAUGACCAACGUAGCAUUGUCGAAUAAGAACUUGUUACCAAAUUACACCAUUUUGGCUGCUAUUGUAGAGUGGAAGUCUAAGUGAUUAAAACAAGGCGACGAUUGUAGUCUGUAGAGUUGAAUGAAACUUAACACAGCCUGUUCAUAGGAAUAAUUAAUGGGUUCAAUGAGUAAUACAUCAAACAAGAGCUUUGUCUCAAAUUCAUGUUGCUCAUAUCGAAUAGAUGUGUGCUAAAAGGGGUGUGUGACCCAAAUUAGUUAAGAAGUAAAGAGUAAGGUUACAUACCCUAUACAAAUGUGAGAUUCUAACAUACUACUCGAGGUUGAAUGUGGGUCGUCUAUAUGUUGUGCCAAAAUGCAAUGUCGAUGAUUGUCAUUCCUUCAGUCAGGUUAAUUUGAGGCCUUUCGCCACACCUUUUAAUUCA